AUGAAUGGCUCAAUUCAAAACAACAGACUUAAAAAAGAAAUAAAUAGGGAUCCACCUCCAGGUAUUACUUGCUAUCCCAAAGAUGACAAUAUAACCAAACUGGAAGCCUACAUCAAGGGCCCACCAGACACACCCUAUGCAAAAGGCCUGUUCAAACUGGACGUGCUAAUGCCAAACAAUUACCCGUUUGAUCCACCUCAAAUUCGCUUUGUUACUCGUAUAUACCACCCUAACAUCGAUGACGCUGGCCGCAUCUGUGCAGAUAUUUUGAAAAAGGGCGAAAAAGGCAGAUGGAACCCUGCAUUGAACCUGAGAACAACAUUAUUACUGCUAGCGCAAUUAUUAGCUGAACCCAACCCAGACGACCCACUCGAUGCUCAAAUCGCCAAGGAAUAUCAAAUAGACAAACCCACAUUCGAUCAAAAAGCCCUAGAGUAUACUCUCAAGUUUGCGAAUGAGGAAGCUGUCAUGUCAGAGAAUCAGGAUCAGGAAGGAAAUGCCAAAUCUGAAGAAAAUGUGGAAUUGAAAAGCGAGUGUAUGGAGAGCAGAGAGGAGGAGGAGGAGAAGCAAGUAGCAACAGAGACAAAGCAUAAACUGUCAUUAUCACUGUCAAAAAAGAAGAACAAUACAGGAUCAUCUCAAUCGUCCACACAACGUUCAUCUCAGUCUACUCAAUCCAGCCUUGCUAGUGCUAGCUCACUCAGUCGAAAGAAAAAGCAAUCAAGCCCAGAAAAUACUGCACCAUCUCAAAUGCAUAAAUCUACCACCUCAUUCAAAGUACGUGAAUCAUCCCUGUCCGUUCAUACGCCUGAUUCAACUGUACCACCCAUAUCGCAAGUGUCCAUUACGAACAAAACCGAAUCACCCGAGACAUCUGUAGCCCAGAUCAAGGAACCUAAAACAACGAAAAAGGCAAAUGUGGAUAGCGAAGACAAGGACAAAGUAGAAGAGCAGCAGACAGAGCGUGAGUGUUUAGUAAAGAAACCAGAGGACAGUGUCAUUAUGAGAAAAGCAAAGGCAAAAGAUAUCAAGGUAGAGAGUAGCUAUAUCGCAUCAGGCAAAGCCAAAGCAACAAAGUCUGUACCAUUAAAUGAGCAGAAACCGAUCAAAGAAGCACACGUGAAUGUGCCAAAGCAAACAUUGACAAAUGAUACCCAACAGCAACAGCAGAAUAUGAAAAAGAGACAUGGCAGUGACAUUAUUGUUCUCUCAGAUGAUGAGGAUGGCAGAGGCGUGGUGCAUAGUUUGCGAUUAUCCAAAAAAUUGAAACGAAGCACACUUUCACUGAGCAGGCAACGUAGAUAG